GGGGGGAGGAGGAGAGGCCCUGAAGGGAUCCCUGUGGGUCCCGGAGGCUAGUGCGCAGGCGCGGGGCCUCUGUGUCUGGCAGUUCUGUGGCUGCUGCGAGGAGGACGCAGCAGAGAGACAGUGCCUGGCACCUGCCGUCGUCACCCACCGUCACCCACCGUCAGAUGGAUGGCCAGGUGUCUGUACUUUGUUCUUCAGUGUCCCGGCCAGGAGCCUACGCACUCUGCCUCAGUCUCUGAAUGUGGACCAUCAAAAUCGUGAAGAAAGGAUGCCUGCAGCCCGAGGGAAAUCAAAAUCCAAGGCACCAGUGACAUUUGGGGACUUAGCUAUCUACUUCUCACAGGAGGAAUGGGCAUGGCUGAGUCCCAGUCAGAAGGAUUUGUACGAAGAGGUCAUGCUGGAGAACUACCACAAUCUGGUCUCAGUUGGUCUUGCCUGCAGGAGGCCAAAUGUCAUCGCCUUGUUGGAGAAAGGGAAAGCACCAUGGAUGGUGGAGACACCAAGAAGGCGCCGGGGUCCUGAAUCAGGGUCUAAGUAUGAGACCAAGAAGUUACCACCAAAUCCAUGUAACAAAUCUGGGCCAAGCAUCUGUAGAAAACCAGCUUCUUCACAACAAAAGGUUCCCAUAGACAAGGCAAAACAUAUCAAGAAUUCAGUCCCAGGAAAACCCAAGAAAGGACAUUCAGGCAAGAAAUCUUUAAAGUGCAAUCAUUGUGGGAAAACCUUUUUUCGAAGCUCAUCUCUUAAGCUUCAUCAAGACUUUCACACUGGAGAGAGGUCUUAUGAAUGCAGUUGUUGCAGACAAGUUUUCAGGCAGAUCUUUUCCCUCAUUCUUCAUCAGAGAGUUCACAAUCAAAAUAAAAGCUAUGAAUGUGAUAAGUGUGGGGACAUUUUUAAUAAAAAGUUAACUCUUAUGAUACACAGAAGAAUUCAUAAUGGAAAGGAAAAUUCUCACCAUGAGAAGGCCUCAGAUUCAUGCCCUUCUCUCAGUCUACACCAUAAUAAUCAUACCAUUGACAGCAUUCACCAGUGCAGAAAAUGUGGGAAAGUCUUUAGCCGGGUGUCAUCCCUUUUACUUCACAAAAGAAUUCACAACAGGAAAAAAACACAAAAAUACAAUAAAUACGGGAGAGGCUUGAAAAAGAAGCCAGUCCUUGUCCAUAAAAGAAUUUGUAUUGGAAAGAAAACUCAUGAAAGUAAGAAAGCCUUAAUUCAGAAUCUCAGGCAGAAAGCUUGCCAGCCAGAAAACCCUUUUACGUGUGGGAAAUGCGGGAAGUCCUUUAGUAGGGUCUCGGCCUUAAUGCUUCAUCAGAGAAUUCACACUUCAGGGAACCCCUACAAAUGUGAUAAAUGUCAGAAAGACUUUGGACGGCUCUCAGCCCUUAUUCUACACGUAAGAAUUCAUAGUGGGGAGAAGCAGUUUAAGUGCAGCAACUGUGAGAAGGUGUGCAAUCGCCUUUCGUCCUUCAUUCAGCACCAGAAAAUUCAUAAAAGGAAAAAGAAACUUCUCGCGUGCAAGGAAUGUGGAAAGAUGUUUGGUGGCAUAAAGAACCUUAAAGUGCAUCUCAACGUCCACUCGGAAGAGAAGCCUUUCAAGUGCAACAAGUGUAGUAAAGUCUUUGGCCGCCAGUCAUUUCUUAGUGAACAUCUAAGAAUCCACACUGGAGAGAAGCCCUAUCAGUGUGAAGAAUGUGGGAAAGCAUUCAGUCACCGGAUAUCUCUUACCCGGCACAAGCGAAUUCACAGUGAGGACAGGCCUUACGAGUGUGAUCUAUGUGGGAAAGCCUUCAGCCAGAGUGCCCACCUUGCUCAGCAUGAAAGGAUUCACACUGGAGAGAAGCCUUACACGUGCAAAAUAUGUGAGAAGUCCUUCGCCCAGCGCAUAUCCCUCAUUCUGCAUGAAAGAAGUCACACUGGGGAGAAACCCUAUGAGUGUAAUGAGUGUGGGAAGGCAUUCAGUAGCGGCUCAGACCUCAUCCGACAUCAGAGAAGUCAUUCUUCGGAGAAACCAUAUGAAUGUAGUAAAUGUGGUAAGGCGUAUAGUCGGAGCUCAUCGCUGAUCCGACAUCAGAGUAUACAUUCGGAGGGAACAUCCUAAAGCUGUUGCUGUAUCUGCAAAAGCUAGAAAGGACAUCAAAGAAGCGUUCAGAGACAUGGAGGAUGUGCAGAAGUGGUCUUGACUUAUGAUGAUAUAUGUCCCAAUAAGCUCAUCGUAAGUUGAGACAAAAAACUAUAUUUAAUAUACCUGACCUACCAAAUGUGAUCAUUUAGCAGCUCAGUGCAAUGUGGAGUCCCAGUUGUUCACUCUCCUGACUGUAUGGCUUCCUGGAAGCUAUGGUGUGAUCCUGCUGCCCAGCACCGUGAGAGUUCUCAUUCUGCUUAUCAUCAGCCUGGAGGAAGAUGACAAUGUCACCCAGUUCCUAGUUGAAUGGAUAUUGCUUCUGUGCCAUCAUAAUGCUGAAAAAUCAUAAGUCGGCAAUCAUUCAUUGGAGGGAGGGAGCUGUCUGCCUAUAACAUGUUUUGUGUAUGUGGAGCCAUGUUAUGACAUUCUCUCCCUCUGAAAGCCAAAGAACAAAAGUAGUCGGUGGAUUUUGAAGUGAAGAUCUGAAAUCUGCUGAGAUAUGCUCAGAAUUUUGAAUCAGGGUUUGUGAAUGAAGGUGUUUUUCAGUUGGCGUUUCAUUUCUAGGGUAGUGUUCAGGAUGUAUCAUUGGAGACAUACAAUGAAAUGUAUACAAAAAUACAUACUGAAACUACUAAGUCCAUGUUUCUGGAUAGAGCUUUGAGCCUGAGUUGAGGUCCCAGGAAAACAGUGUUAAGUCUAAUAGGCAAACCAAGCAAAGCAGGGUGCUUCUUUCUCCUGACAGAUCUGUGUUAGGGUGAGAACAAAAAGAGUGAAGUAGUGGUUACAGUGGGUGUGGAAAAGUAGUGGAUAUCACGCUGCCUCCGUGGAUGUGAAGAUACACUGUGAACAUUAGUAAGACAGGCUGGGGGCUUGGGCGGGAGAUACUGAAGAAUGAGGAACUUCAGAGCAGAGAGAAGCUAUUUUUUACUUUCUUUUUUUUACUUGAAAAUAAAUCGUCUAUAUUUAUAUAAGUAAACCGUGUUUUCAUGCAAUAUUGCUAGUUGCUAUACAGAAAGGGACUCUUGAGAUAUGUGUCUGGGUUUCUAUGGUCUGGAUAUUUGUGCCACUCCAAAACUCAGAUGUUGAAGCACUAACCCUUCAAUGUGAUGACAUUUUGAAAUGAGACUAAUGAAAUCAUGGUGUGGAUGGGCCUUCUGAUACAUUUAUUGAUCAGACACACAAGAGGGCUUUGUCUUCUCCUAUCCCAUGCAAGAACACAGGCAGGCCAUCUGCAAAACAAGAAAAACCCUCACCAGAACCUGACCAGUUUGCUACCCUCACUUUGGACUUCCGCUUAUGGAGGAACUGUGAGAACCUAGUUUCUCUUAAGUCAACCUGUCUGUGAUACUGUGUUAUAGCAGCUCAAGCUGAUUAUUAGUUCGUGGAAGAACUCCCAGGUUAAGGUACUGGCUGUUUUUCUUUGACCUGUCCAACAUGUUCGUUGUAUUUUUUUGUCCCCGUUUCCAGCUUCUGUAAGCUAUGUGAGAAAUAAAGUCUGAGCUCUUGUGUGAUUAGAUCAUACACAAUCAGGCUCUUUUGUAGGUUUUUGUUCUGCAAAAGCUCUUUAGGAGAACAUCUGUUUCUUGUUAAGACAAGCUUCUAGUGUUUCUUUGUAUUGUUAAGAAAAGUUUAUAGGGGUUCUAGUUUUGACCACAAACAUUGGGAUUUGAGUAGGGAAUGUCCACCACAGGCUCAUCACCCCCCCGCUGGUAGGAGGCUCUGAGAAUUUCAGGCAAGGCCUUACUUGAGGAACCAUGUCAUGGGGGGUGGGGUGCUAUGUCUUAUCCCACCCUCUCCUUUAAAAACUUCCUUUAAAGAAUUAGAGACUCAUAG